GAAAAAAAAAAAACAGAGAGAGAGAGACUGACAUGGCAGGAGCUUUGAUUGGAGAGGCUUUUCUCUCUGCUUCCAUCCGGACGUUGGGCGACAAGAUUACUUCUGGGGAGUUCAUGGACUUCUUCCGGCGGAAAAAACUUGACCAUUCACUCUUGGAGAAACUGAAGGUGACUUUUCUUACCCUCGAUGCAGUGCUCGAUGAUGCAGAGGAGAAGCAGAUUCAGAAACCUCGUGUGAGAAAGUGGCUCGACGAGCUCAAAAAUGCCAUCUUCGAUGCCGAGGACCUGCUGGCUGAGAUCGAUACUGAAGUUUUGCGAAGCAAGGUGGAAGCUGAUGAAUAUCAAACCAAAAAGACGUCCCAGGUGUGGAACUUCCUCUCUACUUCUUUUAAUCCUUUUUGUCAAGGCAUGAAUGGUAGGAUACAAGAGUUAUUCCAAAGGUUGGAACACCUUGCGAAACAAAAAGAUCUCCUUGGUCUUAUAGGAGGCGUUAAGGAGAAGGUUUCUCAAAAAACUCCCACAACAUCUUUUGUUGAGCAUGACUUUAGUGCUUGUGGUAGGGAUGGAGAUAAAAAGAAGUUGAAAAGAAUGUUGCUAUCGGAUGAUGCAAGUAGCAGCCACAUAUCAGUAAUCCCCAUAGUGGGAAUGGGUGGGGUCGGUAAGACAGCCCUUGCUCAGCUCCUUUACAAUGAUAAAAAUAUAAAAGAGCAUUUUGAUGUUACAGCUUGGGCCUGUGUUUCCGAAGAUUUUGAUGCUAUGAGGGUAACUAAAACCCUUAUUGAAUCAAUUAUCUCAAAACCUUGCAGUCUUCAAGAUAGCUUGCUUCAAGUUGAACUUAGGGAACACGUGAGGGAGAAAAAGUUCCUAUUUGUGUUGGAUGACCUUUGGAAUGACAACUAUAGUGAUUGGGAUCUUGUACGGGCUCCUUUUACUUAUGGGGCGAGGGGAAGUAAAGUCAUAGUGACAACAAGGAACAAAAGUGUCGCAUCCAUUGUGCACACCGGUCCUAUUCACUAUUUGAAACAUUUGUCGCAUAAUGAUUGUUGGUUGUUGCUCAGAAAACAUGCAUUUAGAAAUGAAAAUCCUAGUGCACAUCCACACUUGGAAGAAAUUGGUAAGCAAAUUGCACGCAAGUGCAACGGUCUUCCUUUAGCUGCAAAAGCACUUGGGGGUCUCUUAGGUUGUAAUGUAAGUUACAGAGAGUGGAGUCACAUAUAGAAUAGCAAUCUUUGGGAGAUAUUG